CGGCACUCCUGACUCCGGCUGUCGUGGACCGUGUGUCGUCACAAAAAUAUAGUAUACAGAUAAAGGAACCUUUAUCAGUUGUGAUAUAAUUCGAAUGCCGAAUACGCCAUUAACAUUAUGCUUAAACACAUAACAAUAUAAACUCUGAAGUUAAUUUAAUAUUAACUGUUAUUAUUUUAUAUACAUGUGUUAAGUUCAUAGGUUUUGAAUUUUUGAGUUUCGUUCACGAUGUCUCAAGAAAAAGUAAUUGAAAAACCUUUGCAACAGUUCGUUGUUCAAGCUCUAAAAUUAGAAGGCGACAGUUUAGUGGAAGUAAUUAAACAAGCUUUGGAUAGUGCCGAUACAUUUGUGUUUGCAGAACUCUUAGAAUGUCCCAAUGUUCUAGCAUUGGAGUCUACACAUCAUGCACCAUACCUACAUGCGUUACGCAUGUUUUCACAAGGUACGUAUUUGGAUUAUUUAGACAAAAAAGAAUAUUUGCCAGAACUCAGCGAGCCUCAGAUGAAAAAACUGCAGUACUUAACAAUUGUUACAUUGGCCAAUAAAAUGAAAAGAAUACCUUAUGAUGUUCUUUUGAAAGAGUUGAAUGUAGAUAAUGUCAGAGACUUGGAGGACUUAAUCAUUGAAGCGAUCUAUUCUAAUGUGGUUUCUGGCGAACUUGAUCAACAGAGUGAUUAUCUGGAAGUAGAUUGGACAGUUGGUAGGGACGUUGGCACUAAUGAUGUUGACAACAUGAUAGACACAUUACAGCAAUGGUGUGAUUCCUGUGAGAAUGUUCUUUCUACAGUACAAGCUCGUAUCGUUGAUGCUAAUCGAACUAAACAAGAUGUACUAAAACACCGCGCUGCUAUUGACAAUGAAGUUGCUAGCGUAAAAAAAGCAAUUAGAACUCAAAUACAAGAUGAAGAAAUGUCAGUGGAUACUAGCGGUCCUACAAAAAAAAUUAUUAAAGGAACAAAACCUAGUGGAGCUAAAUUUUGGAACAAGUAAAUAACUGCACAAUAAUAAUAAUUCAUACAUUAUAUUAAUUUAUAACUGUUAUCAUUAUUAUUUUUUUUAUGUGAUGGUUUUA